AUGCUGAAUCGGGCUGUGUCCAGCAUCGCACCAUCUUCACAUGCAUUCACUACAGUUCCAGUGCGGAGUAGCUGCUUGAGCCGACCACUGCGAACGUUAAGAACUCCUUCUCUGCGCGGCUAUUUUUCUUCCUACAAAUCCUCGUCACGGCCUGUCCUCGUUCCCUCAAUAACCCCUCGAGCUUCUGCUUCCACCUACAAAGCGUUUAGCACUACCACAAUCAUGGCCAAGUCUACUAGAACAGAGACCGACGCCUUUGGUCCCAUCGAGGUCGAGUCCGACAAGUACUGGGGGGCACAAACGCAAAGAUCACUGGGGAACUUCAAUAUCAAUCAGCCACAAGACCGUAUGCCGGAAGGUGUCGUGCGAGCUUUCGGUAUCCUCAAAGGUGCUGCCGCCACCGUCAACAUGAAAUAUGGCCUCGAUCCCAAAGUUGGUGAAGCUAUCCAGCAAGCUGCUUCCGAGGUUGCCAGCUUGAAAUUGAUCGAUCACUUCCCUCUCGUCGUCUGGCAGACUGGUUCUGGCACCCAGUCCAACAUGAACGCCAACGAGGUCAUCUCCAACUGUGCCAUCGAGAUCCUUGGAGGCCAGUUAGGUAGCAAGAAGCCUGUCCACCCCAAUGACCAUGUCAAUAUGUCCGCCAGUUCCAACGACUCCUUCCCAACGGUCAUGCAUAUUGCCGCCGUCCUAGAUUUCGAGGAGAAGUUAAUCCCGGCCCUUACCAACCUCCGGGAUGCCCUACAGAAGAAGAAGGAAUCCUUUGACCAUAUUAUCAAGAUUGGUAGAACUCACUUGCAGGAUGCUACUCCCUUGACCCUGGGGCAGGAAUUCAGUGGUUACGUUGCCCAGUUGGACCGAAAUCUUGAAAGAGUCCAGUUUGUUCUACCACACCUCAGGCAAUUAGCCCAGGGUGGAACUGCCGUUGGUACUGGCCUCAACACCUUUAAGGGAUUUGCCGAAGGUAUUGCUGAAGAAGUCACCAAGCUGACGGGUACUAAAUUCGUGACUGCUCCAAAUAAAUUCGAGGUCCUGGCUGCUCAUGACAGCAUCGUCGAGGCCUCAGGAACUCUUAACACGCUCGCAUGCAGUCUUUUCAAGAUUGCUCAAGAUAUUCGAUAUUUGGGCUCCGGUCCUCGCUGUGGCCUGGGAGAGCUCAUUCUGCCUGAAAACGAGCCGGGUAGCAGUAUCAUGCCUGGCAAAGUCAAUCCUACUCAGUGUGAAGCCCUGACUAUGGUUGCUGCACAAGUUAUUGGCAACCACACUGCUGCUACCGUUGGAGGUCUCAGUGGACAAUUUGAGUUGAACGUUUUCAAACCUUUGUUGAUCCGAAACCUGCUGCACAGCAUCCGAAUUUUGUCUGAUUCAAUGAAUGGAUUCGUGGAUCAUUUGGUCGUCGGAUUACAGGCUGAUGAGAAGAGAAUCAGCACUCUUCUUCACGAAAGUCUUAUGCUUGUCACCUGUCUCAACCCGGUCAUUGGCUAUGACAUGGCCUCGAAAGUUGCUAAGAAUGCCCACAAGAAAGGCCUGACCCUGAAGCAAUCCGCUAUGGAAUUGAAGGCACUUUCUGAAGAAGACUUUGACAAAUAUGUCCGACCUGAGCUCAUGCUGGAGCCUACAGAAAAGAAGUAG